UGGCUGUGUGUAACCAUUAACCUGCCUGAGGGUAGGGGUGGUGCAUGGAAAAGGAACAGGUUAAUGAUCUGAUCUAGUAAGAUUGAGAUCAUCUGUGAAGAUUUCAUAGUUCUCAGGCUUUCUCAUCGAAGGAUUUUCUAAAGUGCAUGGUGGAAGCUGGUUCGUAGCGUUCUCCCGUUGAUUGUUACUGGAUAUUGGUGUUGCGGCGAAGAGUGAAACUAUGCAGUUUCGAUGUGAGGCUACAUAAUGGAACGCUGCAAAUGCAAUAAAAUUGGACCUUCCCUUCCCAUUUGCUUAUGUGGAUCUACAUGAAAAGAGAAUACGGUGAUGGAAGAGACGGCGAUAUGGGAGCAGCAGACAGUCACUCUCCACAGGGCCCCAGGAUUUGGAUUUGGGAUCGCAAUAUCAGGAGGUAGAGACAACCCUCAUUUCCAGAGUGGGGAGACAUCAAUAGUCAUCUCUGAUGUUCUCAAGGGAGGACCUGCUGAAGGCCUGCUGCAGGAAAAUGACCGUGUUGCAAUGGUCAAUGGAGUGUCCAUGGAUAAUGUUGAGCAUGCGUUUGCUGUUCAGCAGUUGAGAAAGAGUGGUAAAAAUGCCAAAAUUACUAUACGACGGAAGAAAAAAGUUCAGCUUCCUGUGGUUCGCCCUGACCCAGAGCCAGUAUCUGAAAAUGAGGAGGACAGUUACGAUGAUGAGGUGCCUGACCAGAGAAGUGCCCACAGUGGCCCUGGUGCCAGCAGGAGGAGUGAGAAGAGCUGGGUAAGGGACCGAAGUGCCAGCAGAGAAAGAAGUUUAUCGCCUAGAUCAGACAGAAGAUCUGUUGCUUCCAGUCAACCUCCAAAACCUUCCAAAGUGACCUUGGUGAAAUCUAGAAAAAAUGAAGAAUAUGGUUUAAGAUUAGCCAGCCAUAUUUUUGUAAAGGAAAUCUCUCAAGAUAGUCUGGCAGCGAGAGAUGGAAAUAUUCAGGAAGGCGACGUUGUGCUUAAGAUUAAUGGCACAGUCACCGAAAACAUGUCUUUGUCCGAUGCAAAAACAUUGAUAGAAAGGUCAAAGGGUAAAUUAAAAAUGGUAGUUCAAAGAGAUGAGCGAGCAACUCUACUGAAUGUCCCAGAUCUAGAUGACAGCCUUCAUUCUGCAAACGCUUCAGAGAGAGACGACAUUUCAGAAAUCCAGUCGCUGACAUCGGAUCAUUCCAACCGUUCACAUGACCGGCCCCGCCGCAGCCGUUCACGGUCUCCUGACCAGAGAUCGGAGCCUUCAGAUCAUUCCAGACAUUCUCCACAACAGCACAGUAACAGCAGCACGCGGAGUAGAGAAGAGGAAAAAGUAUCAAAGCCUGCAGUAUCUACACCUGUGAAGAAUACAAACGGAGGAACCCUAACAAGAGCAGCAGAUGAUCUGGACAGAGCAGAAAAGCAGACGCCUCCUUUACCAGUUUUUUUCCCCCCUUUUUUAGAGCCAAAGCCUGUGUAUGCCCAGUCAGGACAGCCUGAUGUAGACCUACCUGUCAGUCCAUCUGAUGGACCUUUUCCAAACUCCACACAUGAAGAUGGCAUGCUACGGCCUAGCAUGAAACUGGUGAAGUUUAGAAAAGGAGACAGUGUGGGGCUACGUCUUGCUGGAGGAAAUGAUGUGGGCAUCUUUGUUGCUGGUGUGUUGGAUGACAGCCCUGCAGCUAAAGAAGGACUGGAAGAAGGCGAUCAGAUUCUUAGAGUAAACAAUGUAGACUUCACAAACAUUAUCAGAGAGGAAGCUGUCCUUUUCCUGCUUGAUCUACCCAAAGGAGAAGAAGUCACAAUUCUGGCGCAGAAGAAAAAAGAUGUUUAUCGUCGCAUUGUAGAGUCAGAUGUUGGGGAUUCCUUCUAUAUCCGAACGCAUUUUGAGUAUGAAAAGGAAUCUCCUUAUGGACUCAGUUUUAACAAAGGAGAGGUAUUCCGGGUGGUGGACACGCUGUACAAUGGGAAACUAGGAUCAUGGCUGGCUAUAAGAAUUGGGAGGAAUCACAAGGAAGUGGAAAGAGGGAUUAUUCCAAACAAGAACAGAGCUGAGCAGCUUGCAAGUGUGCAGUACACUCUUCCCAAAACGGCUGGUGGCGAUCGUGCAGAUUUUUGGCGUUUUCGAGGCCUCCGAACUUCAAAGCGAAAUCUCAGGAAAAGCCGAGAAGAUAUCUCUGCCCAACCUGUUCAAACAAAGUUUCCUGCAUACGAAAGAGUCGUGUUGCGAGAAGCUGGAUUCCUCAGGCCCAUUGUUAUCUUUGGUCCCAUUGCUGAUGUUGCACGAGAGAAGCUAGCUAGAGAAGAGCCUGAUAUUUAUGAGGUGGCAAGAAGUGAACCAAGAGAUGCAGGUACCGACCAGCGCAGCUCUGGGAUCAUUCGUCUCCACACAAUCAAACAGAUUAUUGACAGGGAUAAACAUGCACUUCUGGAUGUGACCCCAAAUGCUGUAGAUCGCCUGAACUAUGCACAGUGGUAUCCAAUUGUAGUGUUCCUUAACCCUGACUCCAAGCAGGGUGUGAAAACUAUGCGAACGAGGUUGUGCCCAGAAUCUCGAAAAAGUGCCCGAAAACUUUAUGAUCGUUCACAUAAAUUACGCAAAAAUAAUCAUCACCUUUUUACAACAACCAUUAAUCUUAAUUCUAUGAAUGAUGGCUGGUAUGGAGGGCUGAAGGAAGCUGUACAGCAACAACAGAACCAGCUGGUUUGGGUCUCGGAAGGCAAAGCAGAAGGAGGCACAGAUGAUGAUCUUGAUUUGCAUGACGACCGUCUAUCCUACUUAUCAGCUCCAGGUAGUGAGUACUCAAUGUAUAGUACUGAUAGCAGGCACACUUCAGACUAUGAAGAUACAGACACAGAAGGAGGGGCUUACACUGACCAAGACCUGGACGAGACGCUCAAUGAUGAGGCAGGGACUCCGCCAGAGUCUGCCAUUACUCGCUCUUCUGAACCUGUUCGGGAUGACAAUUCAGGAAUACAUCAGGAAAACCAAGCCUUCCCAUCCUUCCCACAGCAGCCACAGCCAAUCAUCAGAACUGAUUCUCCGGGUUACAAAAAUGUUCCAUCUCAACAGAAAGCAGACGCCUUACCCGCUGCCCCUUACCUUUCUCUGCCGUCUGAAACAAACACUGCAAGUUCAACUGCUGCUGUAAAUCCUAAUGUAAAUCUAAGUAAUGUCAGAUUGGAGGAUCCAAACCCUGCCCCAUACAGCUCUUACCAAGCACAAGCUGGCCCAAUGCGAUCACCAAACACUGAGGCAGCUCACAUAAUGCUAAGAGACCAAGAGCCUUCGUCUUUACCUGUGCACAUAGAUCCAGCAAAGGUUUUCAGAAAAGAGCCAUAUUCUAUGGAAGAUAAUCCCAGGCACAACUACUUGAUGAAACAACAAGUGCUUAGCCAUCAGAGACCAGAGAAAGAAAGCAACCUGAACUUUGAUGCCCUUCCAUCCUAUGCAGAAAAACCAAUGAGUAGAGAGUUUGACGCGUCUUACAGAUAUGAAUCUGCUUCAGAAUACGUGGAUCCAUACCCUCAUGGUUAUGAUCCUCGAAUACAUAGUGAUGAUCAUGUGCCUACUUAUGAUGAACAGUGGGGUUAUUAUGAUGAUAAGCAGCCGUAUUCAGGCUCCAGGUCGCAGUUUGAGGGUAAGCAUAGGGACUUCGGUGUGAGGCAGCACUCAGAAGAAAGCCUUGAACGCAGCUACUUUCCACAACAGCCUCGUUUUGAAGAGCCUCCUCCUGUUGCCUACGACAAUCGACCUCGACCAGCUAAAAACUACAAAGCACCCCAGCUACUAUAUGAGGAGCCCGCUCCUGCAGAAUAUGAUAUGCAUAUGCGUUAUAAGCCAGAGCCUCAAAGCUUUCCUUCUGUACCCACCUCUAGGGCUGCUGAAACUAAACCAUAUUUUGAUCAACAUCCAAGAGGCUAUGACCAUAGUCCUUCCCAGGGAUUUAAUGCAAAACAAGGGCAAUAUGACCUUUCUCCUAGAGUGGAAACCAUGCCUCUUCCGCCUACUCAGAUUAAGUCUGACCUUCUGCCAACCAACAGUAAACCCGUUCCUGCACCAGCCUCUGUGAGUGAAGAUGAUGAUGACCCAGCCCUGAAACCACAGUCUGUUCUUACCAGAGUCAAAAUGUUUGAGAACAAGAGAUCGGUUCAAGGAGAAAAGAACAAGGACGUUAAUGAUGUAUCUGUUUUAAAGGCUCCAGAAGUUGCACCCAAACCAAUAACAACUGUUCCAGGACCUGUAUCUAAAGCUGUUCCACUGCCUCAUUAUGAUCAAGAAAAGCCAACUUAUCGUGUACCCGAACCUCAGAAACCUCAAGUGAAGCCAUCAGAAGAUAUAGUUCGUGCUAACAAUUAUGAUCCCGAAGAAGACGAGGAAUAUUAUCGGAAGCAGCUGUCCUACUUUGAUCGUAGAAACUUUGACAAGCCCACUACUGCUGUUCCUACAAACAUCCUCCCUGAACCUUCUAAACCUGGACAGUCUCAGAGCCAAGUUAGCUUUAACAGCUACCCCUCCAAGGCAAAACCUGCAGAUCUGGACUCUCCUGACAGACCCAUAACUGAAAAACGUUUUGACCCGGUCCCUCAAGUAACCUCCCAGUACAACCAGUCUUCUCCAGUGCUUGUCAAUCAUACAGCACAUGCAAAACAUCCCCACACAGAGGUCAGUUCUGUUUCCCUGGAGCUCACAAAUUCCACAGUGACAAAACCAGAACCACCACCACCUCAAACCAAGCCAAGCGUCUUCCGACCUUCCAACAGAGAGGACACAGUUCAGUCAAACUUUUUUCCUCAGAAAAGCUAUCCUGACAAAGCUCCGGUUAAUGGCAUCGAACAGCCUGGAAAAACCAUCACAACACCAUCAUAUAACCGCUUUACUCCUAAACCUUACACAAGCUCUGCCAGACCUUUUGAGCGCAAGUUCGAGAGCCCCAAAUUCAACCAUAAUCUUCUGUCCAAUGAAGCACAAGGAAAGCCAGAGCUGCCCGCCAAACCUCAGAAUUCUCCUCAAUCCGUUUUGAAAUCAACCAAUGUGGCUCCAGAGAUAGACGGCAUAUCCAAGCCAACAGAGAGCAAAUCUAAGUAUCAACCAAAUAAUGUUAAUGCAGUGCCUAAAGCAGUCCCAGUCAGUCCCUCUGCCCUUGAAGACGACGAUGAAGAUGAAGCCCACACUGUGGUGGCAACUGCUCGAGGCAUCUUUAAUAGCAAUGGCGGUGUGCUGAGUUCCAUAGAGACGGGUGUCAGUAUCAUCAUACCUCAAGGAGCGAUCCCUGACUGCAUUGAGCAGGAAAUCUACUUCAAGGUCUGCAGGGACAACAGCAUCUUACCACCUCUGGAUAAGGAGAAAGGAGAAACGUUGCUUAGUCCUUUAGUAAUGUGUGGACCCCAUGGAUUAAAAUUCCUGAAGCCAGUGGAGCUGCGCUUACCACACUGUGCGUCUAUGACUCCUGAUGGUUGGUCUUUUGCUCUAAAAUCAUCCGACACCUCGUCGGGUGACCCCAAACACUGGCAGAACAAAUCACUUCCUGGUGAUCCUAACUAUCUUGUUGGAGCAAAUUGUGUCUCUGUAUUGAUAGAUCACUUCUAAGCCUACAGUGUAAAGAUCAGAAAACAAAUGUGAAACCUGCUUUGGACCUAUUUAUCUUUACACAUCCUAUUGAGUAUUAUUUGAUCGCUAAAUUACAAUGGGACUCAUUAGUGCUAGGAAUUUUUGCCUGAACUUGCGUUUUACGGAGUAGACUUUAAAGCCAUGGUCAGAAUCUGGGCCUCAGACAUGACAUAUGAAGGUCAUACCAAUGUCGCACCUUUAGCGUCUCUUAUAACAAAUGCCUUUUUCAGUUGCUUUAGUUUGUCUCCAAAGGACCAAUCCUGAUAACACUACAAAAAAAAAAGCCAGUUCCCAGAAUGAUACUUUAACCGGUCGCCCGAUGUCACGGAAGGAUCUUGCGUGCGUUUUUUUUUUUCUUUUUGAGUUUGAUAGCAAAGACUAGCACUUUUACUUUUUAUCAUCUAGCAUCUGCACCAGAACUCCAAGACGUGUUGUUGGGUAUGAAGGAUCUACCAGUCAUCAGUUUUGUUCACUCUGCUGCGGAGAUAGCUAAAACUCCCGUCAGGUGUUCUCCAGCAGAAAAAGUUUGAAUGUUAAUACUUUAUUUAAAAUACCAAAUGCCAUGAUUGUGCUUAAUACCCAGCCCACCACAUAGUUCAGUAAAAAAAUUAUAAAAACAAAAUAAUUUAUUUUUCUCCCCAUUGCUGAGAGGGGCCUAAACAUGAACUGUGGACCCCCCAUUAAAACUACAAGGUUUACAAGAUUGACUGGUUCUGGUGCUUCUAUGGAUCUGUAAAUUAACCAUUUACUACACACAUUUAACCAGCAGGGAUGCCUUACCCUCAUGUUAUGAUAGUCUUUGUUUCCUAAUUCUCUGUUCUAUGAAGUUCAUAUGGCUUUUUGCGCUUAUAUAGGGUAAUGUAUAAUGAAGAAAGAUUGCUGAAAAUAUGAUUUUAUUGUGAACUCAUUUUGCGGUGGACUAGCAAGGAAGAAGUUAAACCUCUGCAGUCAACCCAGAAGAUACUGAAGGAAAUUGUAUGUUUUUUCUGCUAUGCAUUUAAAAGAAAAUUCUCAAAGAUGUUACAAUGCCUGUAUAUAAAAUGCGUGCAUACCACUUUUUGCUUUUUUUGUUUUUGUUUAUUUUUUUUGUUUCGUUUUUCUUUUUUGUUUUUUCUUUUUGUAAAUUUAACUUUUUUAAGCUUUACUUUUUUGUAAAAAAAUGAAAAAAGAAAAAGAAAACUGAACGUUUCUUAAGGAUACCUUUGUACUCUUACCUUUUUUGAGCCUUGAACUUUGUAACAUCUGCAGCAAUAAAAGCGCAUUUCUACAGUACUCACCACAAGAACAUUUUGAAGCGAAAUGCACAAAAAUUGCUAUCUUUAUAAAUGCUGAGCAUAACUCCUCAGAAUUCUCUAGUUUAUUAUCUUUAAAAAGUAUCCCUGCUGCAAUUUGUGAUAAGGAUUCUGUAUAAUGUGCCCUAAAAUGUAUUUUUUUACUAAUAGACAAUUUAUUAUGGCACAUACGCACGGUUUCAGUA